AUGGAAGCAACGGAAGUAGCCUUGGAAUCAUUAUCUACGAGUUCACGUUCCCCGUCGAUGGAUGAACCUGAUCAUCUAUCAUCAGAAGAUCAACCAUUAUUACCGGAUGAGGAACGUACUUGUGAUUCAUUAAGUACUUAUGAUACUUAUGAAUCGUCCGGAGGAGAGGAAGAAGUUGUAGCUUCAGGUUCAAGUUGGGCUGCGUAUAUCAAUAUAACUUGUGUGGUGGCAGGAACCGGAGUUUUGGGUUUACCAUAUUCAAUCAAACAAGGUGGCUGGAUAGGUCUUAUAUUUUUAUUUCCUUGUGCUUGUCCAUGGAUUGUGCUUCUUAUUCUUUUUACAUUUAGGAAAACUCGGUUAAGCUCUUAUGCUGACAUAGGAUUUCAUGCAUUCGGAAAUUUUGGAAAAUAUUUUUUGGUUGGAAUUUUUAAUAACGCAAUCCUGCUUGGUGUUCCUGUAUUAUUUUUUAUACUGGCUGGACAAAGUCUCGAUAAUAUCGUAGAACAAAUUUGGGAUAUCAAAUUAGGUGUUCGUGUAUGGACCCAAAUAUCUGCUGUAUUCGUAGCUUUGCCGUUUAUAUUCACGAAAACUUUGAAAGAAGUAGUGGUUUUAAGUGUUUUUGGUGCUGUCACCACUUUCUUCACUGUUAUCGCUAUUGUGAUACUUUCGUUUGCGGAUCUUUCAAAUGUUAUUAGCACUCCCAACCCGCCCUCUCACAAUAUAUUGGUUAUUUCGGAACUUCCUGUUGCGCUCGCGUCAAUCUCAUUUUCAUUUGGAGGAAAUAGCGUUUUUCCUCACAUUGAAGAGAACAUGAAAAAUAAACAAAAUUGGAAUACAGUCGUUGGAUUAGCUUUGGCAACAUGUGCAAUUAUGUAUGCAUUAGUUGCUUUUGCCGGAUAUUAUGUAUAUGGUGACAAUACAAUGAGUCCUAUUUUCCUCAAUUUACCUAAAGCAUCUUUAUUUAUGACAAUGCACGUGCUUAUGACUGCUCCAAUUCUUUUGACAUCUUUCGCUUACGAUGCUGAAAAACAUAUGAAAAUCACAUCUGAAUAUCUUUCCCCUUGGGCCGAAUUUGCUCUUCGCACUUUGUUCCGAACUUGUCUUAUUAUUGCAUGUACAUCAAUUGCUGUAUUUGUCCCAUUUUUUGGGGAUUUUAUGGCACUUUUGGGUGCACUCUCAGUGUGUGCCAUCGUUUUUAUUCUCCCUGUAGUAUUUUAUUUAAAACUGUUUGGAUUUAAUAUAUCAAUUUUGGAAUUGUUGUGGAAUUUAUUUGUGAUGAUAGUAGGAAUUAUUGGUUGUGUAAUUGGAACUGCUGAUGCGGUAUCAGCUUUGUUGAAAGAUUUUCGUGAAAUGGAUGACAACAAUUAA